AUGAGUGGAGAAAACCUUUAUCUUACGUCAAGUUGGUGCACACAUUGGACUUACAAGUAUCUCUUCCUGUCCUUUCUCUCUUCUGUACGUCUAUUGUCCAAUUAUUGUCUUGAGUUACCAAGUGGAAUAGAAGACACCAUUAUUAAAGUGAUGGGAGUCACUACUGCAGAAUAUGAUCUACUUUUCUCAGUUACUGCAUGGCCUAACAUAUUCCUUUGCUUAGUAGGAGGAAUACUAAUAGAUAGGUUAGUGGGAUUGAGACUCGGGCUACUCAUUAUGGUCGUUUGUGUCCUACUGGGUCAGAUUGUAUGGGGUAUAGGAGGAAUAGCCAAUAAUUACUACAUUAUGUUGGCUGGACGUUUUUUUAUUGGAGCUGGAAAUGAGUUAGUCACAGUGAUUGAUCAUGCUUUUAAAGCGAUUUGGUUUAAAGAGGACCUAUCACUUGCCAUUUCAAUUGAUAUUGGAUUCAGUAGAAUAGGAGGAACAUUAGCUAUACUUCUUCCUCAGUUAAUAUACGACAGUCUCACAAUAUUUCAUAGUCCUACUUUUAGACUAGGAGUCACACUACUCACUGCUGCUGGAUUAAUGAUAAUUGGGCUAGCAUUCUCUUUAAUAGUAUUUGGCAUGGACUGCAAAAGAGAGAAAGUAAUUGAACAACCUUUAAAGCUGAAAAAUCUGAAAAGAACCACUAUGAAUGAUUUUAAACAAUUUUCUUUAUUAUUCUGGUUGACUACAGCUAUUAAUGUGACAUAUUUUCCUGUCAUUUUUUCAUUUGUCGGGAUUGGACAAGAUUUUUUCAUACAGAAAUAUGGCCUAUCAAUGGAAGUUGCAAAUUUAGCCAAUAGUUUGUUGUUUGGCAGUGCACUCAUACUCGUACCAAUUGCUGGAAUUCUAAUCACUAAAACUGGCUUCCAUUUACUUUGGUUACUGUCAUUUGUUUUGACAACAGCUCUCCCAGCUUUAUUAAUAUUCAUGUUCAGUAACGGAGAGAGUUACUUUCCAUUCGUAGCUGGAGUAUUCUAUUCUCUUUCAUACACUUUUAGCGGACCUUCAUUCACGGCUCUGCCUGCUUUCUUAAUAGAUAAAGAAAACAUGGCCACAGCAUUUGGUAUUCUGAAUAGUAGCUACAAUGCUGCCUACUCAUUAGUAACAUAUGUUACUGGUCUGAUUAUUGAUACUCUUGGCUACUUUGUUUUGCAAGGAUUCUUUAUACACAUUAUUAUGCUAAGCAUUGAUUUCACAUUGCUGACUGUCAUUUUUGAUGCUGCUUCUAAUAAACCUAAUUUAAAUGUUCCAGGAUUAUGGCUUAGAUGCAAAGCAAUCAAAGAAUGA